UUAGAGCAUGCAGUUCUACAACUUGGGUUUAAUCAUUGGUUUGUCGGUUGCUAGUGGUCCAUGUAUUCUACUCUUGGUUCUUGGCGCUCUCCUAAUAAGCCGCCAUCUUAAGCAACGCAAGGCAAGGGCGUUGAGAGAAAAGUUCUUUAGUCAAAAUCGUGGACAGUUGUUGAAGCAGCUGGUAUCUCACAGGGCAGACAUCGCAGAAAGGAUGCUCAUUUCCUUAGAAGAGCUAGAGAAAGCCACCAACAAUUUCGAUCAAGCUCGUAGGGUCGGCGGUGGAGGGCAUGGCACUGUAUACAAAGGGAUCCUGUCCGACUUGCAUGUUGUGGCCAUCAAGAAGUCAAACAUUGUUGUCAAAAGAGAAAUCGACGAGUUCAUAAAUGAGGUUGCUAUACUCUCCCAGAUCAACCAUAGAAAUAUUGUGAAGCUCCAUGGAUGUUGCCUCGAGAUACAAGUCCCAUUACUGGCUUACGAGUUUAUUUCCAAUGGAACACUCAGUGACCAUCUUCACACGGAAGAACCACGGUCACUAGCUUGGAAAGAUAGGUUAAGGAUCACAAAUGAAAUAGCCAAAGCUCUUGCUUACCUUCACUCUGCCGUUUCAGUCCCCGUGAUACACAGAGAUAUCAAGCCUUCCAAUAUACUUCUUGAUGAGGCCUUAACAGCAAAAGUGUCAGACUUUGGAGCUUCAAGGUACAUUCCGAUCGAUCAAACAGGAACAGCAACGGCAGUGCAAGGAACUAUAGGAUACUUGGACCCUAUGUAUUAUUAUACAGGUCGCCUCACCGAAAACAGUGAUGUUUAUAGCUUUGGGGUCCUUCUUGUGGAAUUGCUUACUAGGAGGAAGCCCUCUUUGUAUAGAUCUUCUGAAGGCGAUGGGCUUGUCAUGCAAUUUCUUACACUACUUGCACAUGACAAUCUGUCUGAAAUACUAGAUCCGCAAGUUGUGGAGGAGGGAGGUGGCCAAGUCAAAGAAGUAGCUACUAUAGCCGCAUCGUGCAUUAAAUUAAGAGGAGAGGAACGACCGACCAUGAGGCAAGUGGAGAUGACGUUGGAAGCUCUUCAAACACCCAAUGAGAGUGUGAGUGAAUUGAUAGAAGAAACAAAUGAGACAAUGAAUUAUCCACGGACCAACAAACGAGCAAAGCAAGGCGAAUCCAGUAGGUGUUAUAGCCUAGAAGAGGAGGUCUUGCUAUCUGCGACAUACCCUCGAUAGUUUUGCUUAUUUGUGUGGCAAAUUUGAUUUAUGGUGUAUAUGUAGUCAUCAUAAGUUUUUUAAUCGGUGACUCAGAGUGUACUUUUGUAAAAAUCACUGAACUCGCUUGAAUGUUUUUAAUGCACAUAUAUAUGUUCUGAAGCAA